AUGUCAAGCAAGAAGAAACACAAACGAAAACACAGCGACAACGAUGAAGACGACGACGUUUUCUACUACCGCUACUGCGCUUCGUCCUCAACCCCCAACACCACCACCGGCACCACAUCCAGUAAUCAACCCCAAUCAAAACCGAACAACAAAGGAUCAUCAAUAGGAGGAACAGGUGAACCCUUAGCACCAUCAAACUCCGAUCUCCAUACGCUCUUCUCUACUUUCGGCCGCAUCGCGCGUGUAACCGUUCUCAAAGACCGUCACGCGCGCCUAAGCCGCGGUGUCGCGUUUGUCCAAUUCGUUUCUCGUAAUGACGCCCAACGCGCCGUGGCGGAGAUGAAUAAGAAGAUUCUCAAUGGAAGGACUCUAACUGCUUCUAUUGCUGCUGAUAAUGGACGUGCUCCGGAGUUUAUUCGGAAGCGCGUGUACAAUACUGAGACUGCUUUGUGUUAUGAGUGUGGGGGGCAUGGUCAUUUGUCGUAUGAGUGUCCUAAGAAUCAGUUGGGGCCGAGGCCGCGGCCUCAGCCUAAGAAGCCGCGACGGGGAUUUAGUGGGCUGAGGGAUAGGGAUGGGGAGGAGGAAGGUGAUGAGGAGGAGGAGGAGGGUGGUCAGAUUGCUGCGGAGCAGUUUGACGAUAAUUGGGCUUUUAUUGUGGAUGAUGAAGCGGGUGAAAGGAAAAAACACAAACGAAAACACAGCGACAGCGAUGAAGACGACGACGUUUUCUACUACCGCUACUGCGCUUCGUCCUCAACCCCCAACACCACCACCGGCACCACAUCCAGUAAUCAACCCCAAUCAAAACCGAACAACAAAGGAUCAUCAAUAGGAGGAACAGGUGAACCCUUAGCACCAUCAAAAUCGAAGCUAUACGUUUCUAAUCUAGAUUACUCCCUAACAAACUCCGAUCUCCAUACGCUCUUCUCUACUUUCGGCCGCAUCGCGCGUGUAACCGUUCUCAAAGACCGUCACACGCGCCUAAGCCGCGGUGUCGCGUUUGUCCAAUUCGUUUCUCGUAAUGACGCCCAACGCGCCGUGGCGGAGAUGAAUAAGAAGAUUCUCAAUGGAAGGACUCUAACUACUUCUAUUGCUGCUGAUAAUGGACGUGCUCCGGAGUUUAUUCGGAAGCGCGUGUACAAUACUGAGACUGCUUUGUGUUUUGAGUGUGGGGGGCAUGGUCAUUUGUCGUACGAGUGUCCUAAGAAUCAGUUGGGGUCGAGGCCGCGGCCUCAGCCUAAGAAGCCGCGACGGGGAUUUAGUGGGCUGAGGGAUAGGGAUGGGGAGGAGGAAGGUGAUGAGGAGGAGGAGGAGGGUGGUCAGAUUGCUGCGGAGCAGUUUGACGAUAAUUGGGCUUCUAUUGUGGAUGAUGAAGCGGGUGAAAGGUUGCUGGGGAGAAACAUAAAUGAUGAUGAGGGUUUGGACAACAACAAGACGAAGAAGAAAGGGAAGAAAGCUGGGUAUUUCAGUGAUGAGAGUGAUCAUGAUGAUGAUGAUUGA